AUGUUUACAAUUCUUCUUCUCUGUUUGGUUGGUAUUGCAGUUGCACAACAACCACGUCCAUGUACAUCUCCAUCACAAUGGGAAGGACGUAUAUUUGAUAGUAAUGAAAAACAAAAAGCUACAUUACGAGGAAGAACAAGCUAUGAUUCUACUUAUCAUCGUAUACGAAUUGUUGAAACUAUUGACGUAGGCAGUGAAGAAAUAGCUGUUGAUGUACUUGCUUUAUAUGAUGCUAAUAUUGAAUUUGUUUAUGAUUUAAAAUCUCAUAAUUGUACACGUCGAGAAAUAAUUCAACCAUGGCGUGAUUUUGGUAUUCUUCCAGAUGCUCGUUCUUAUGGUGAAGCUUACAUUGGUUCAUCUGCUCGUCCAGAUACUGGUUUACUUAUUACAAUUUGGGGUGGCAACCUUACAUUACCAACAAAUGAAACUCUUCGAUAUGUAGGUACAUGGACACAUCAAGGAUGUCUUCCAGUUUCUCGAACAACUUACAGUGAAAAAUAUGGCAACGAAAUAUUAUCAUUUUAUGAUCUUACUGUAGGUAUUAGUGAUCCAAAUGUGUUCAUUCCACGCCGUGAAUGUCUUACAGAACAAGAAUAUGCCAUGCGAAAUACUCUCUUUGAUAAACUAACCAAGAAACACUAA